UGUGUCAUCACAGAGCCAGGCCUUUUAGUUAGACAUCAGAGAGAAGUUAAAUGAAGCAAAAUGCAGUUUCCCCCUACAGUCUCGUAUGCGUUUCAGUUAAUAGUCGUUUUUGCUAGUGGCUUGCUGGCUUACGACGAGAAUGUGUGCGUUCCGCCUACAAACACUUGUGGCCCAUCGCCCCCUCCAUCCCCAAGUCGUACGUCGCCAACAUCGAGGAGGUCGACCAGCUGUACAAGACGACCUCGUACGUGAGCGAAUUCUACGACCCGAGCCGCCAGGUCAUGGGCGUUCUGCGCAUGACCCGCGAAAUCUCCGAACACGCCAUCUUCUUCUACGAGUCGGAUACGGCUGUGAUUAUACAGUACAGGCCGGGCGUCGCGGACGGCCGGCCGCACUUCUCCUGCGUCGUGGCCGAGAUCGAGGACGCGGCUCCCUGGCUGGUCGGCUACGACAAGAACGGCACCUACGGGUUCAUGCUGUCGCCCUCGCAGGCUCUCUUCUUCGGCGGAGACUACAAGUACACCUUCGUGGACAGCGACCCGGUGCGAGAGAUCCCAUGCAACAGAUGGGACUCGUGCAUCGAGACAUUCGGCAACGGUACCAUGAGCGUGGAAUACCACUGGUCAGACCAGACCCUGGUGGCCGACGCGACAGGCUACAGCCGCGAGCGACCUGUCAUGGCCCACACAACAGGCUACUACUACGCCCCCCGAGGAAGGCAAACCCAGGUCGAUGUCGAUGUCAUGUACAACUUCGGUUUCUUCGACGAUAACCCCGACUGGGGGAUUUAUCAGUGGUCGGUGCAGAUCCCCAGCUUCGUGUACUGCCCCGGCCUCCCGACGGGGAAGUCCGCGCCCACGAGGCUCGCAGACACCUACUCCUUGCGGGUCGAGGUCACAGUGCAAACGUCGCGCGCGAAACAGAUGGAGUUUAUGUCCACGGCGAAGAACUGGUAUGACUACGAGCGCAAAAUAACCCGAGCGGACUUCAUUCCCGACCCUUUCUCCGUCGAGGGUUAUUACGUGGGGGUCAACGAAGCGGUCGUUAUCAGGGACUUCCGAAGCGGCGUUGAGUUCAUUAUCAACAAAGGCCUCGGGAACUGCACAGCCAUCAAUAUCCCUGACACUGGAUAUGACACCAUCGUCGACCCAAGCGGCCAAGUGACCAUAAAGGACCCACUGACACUCUUCGGUCUCGGCCAAGUGUCCAACCUCACGUACUAUGGAAAGAAAAGGGCGCGGGGCCUUCCAUGCGACGUCUGGGUUGGGAGGCUCGACCAGACUGUGGGAAAUACAACGCUGGAGGAAAAGCUCACGUACGAAAUCUAUUUCCUAGAGGAAGGAUGGCGCGAGGACGCGGGCUCAGAACCUCUUCCGGAUAAGUUAUAUCCCAUUCCAAUCCUCGUCAAGAUACAGCAAGAUUUUACCAGUCCGUCCAACCCUGAAUAUAACACUUUCGUUGCCCUGGAACAGAACAUCUUUAAAUUCGACCAGAGCGCCCUGGACAUGACGGUCUUCGACAUCACUCCCUGCUUCAAAGGCCACGACCAUAUCCGUCGCUUCCAGAUUGCUUUUCCGGGAGAAUUCCGCGACGACUUUGACAACAAGCCUGACCAGUUCAUCCGUGCCAUCCACGGCUCGCUGGAGAUGUACUUGAGUGUCCCCUCCAUUCGCAUCCAGCACAUGACGGUUGAGUUCAACGAGAGAGACGGUCAUUUGUAUUGCGAAUUCACCCUUGUGGACCAGCCUCCUGUAUCCGGCAUCGAUUUUCCUCCUUCUGUAGGACCUCCCCUCGAGGACGUCGUUGCUUCGCUCCAGGCGUCUAUGGGGAAUCUGGUCGUCUUCCUGGUCGACGAGAGCUACGACACUCCCGGGCACAUAAAGACGAUGCAAGCAUACGAAGACAGUCUCCGGGAGAUGUUUGAGGACAGCUGCCAUCCCCUGAAAUCCUCGCAGCAAACAGUCGACAGCGACACAUAUAGAUCUCAACAGGAACAUGGAAAUAUCCAGAAAGACACAAGUCUCCCCGAAAGUUCACCAAAGAAAACGGGUCACACUGAAACACACGCUGAAGGGGAAACUCUAGUACAAAGAGAUAGGAAAGACAAUGAACCAGUUAUUGCUGAUAUAUCGAAGGCGUCAUUUACGGAGAAGUUAAUGGACGAAAUCGGACGUUUUAACUUCUACAAGAUGACGAAAAGUGCUCCAAUGUACACGCCAGGUGCCAUGGCAGGAAUGGGCAUCGGCAUGUUCUUUUUGGGACUCCUGCUAGGAACUGUGGCUAUGCUGGCCAUACUCCAGAAAUUCGGUCUUUCAGAAGGCAUCGAGUUUAUUCCCAUGAACUCACGUCGGUCAUAAGGAAUACUAAAAGCUUUAUGAUUGGCCUCGUCGGUCAUAAGGGUUCUAUGGAUCUGCUGAUGUAAUUGUGAUGUGUUGUCUGUCGGAAUGUUAACUGCAGUUUUCGUGAUUGUGUAGUGAAGGUUUACAUACUUAAAUGAAUGAUUUUAUGUGAUUUUCUUGAUUGAAGUUAUACAGCCAUUUUAGAUGUAUUGUGUAUUAUAUACCGUUCGAAAUCAGAAAUGUGGUGCAAUGACAGGAGAAUAAACGAGCAUGAUAUUAGUCCAGUGAUAUUAAAUGUUUUGUCCCAGAGCUGCUUGGUCAUUAUAUUACAAAAGAUUCUUAUUAAGCAUCAUCUGUCACUAUUUAUAAACAAAUCUGCAAACACA